CUAAUCCUUCUCUUCGCGAACAAUCACGUCAUGUCCUCCUCUUCGGCAGCGGUGCCAAAGCACCUCAACUUCAUCACGGGGAACAAGAACAAGCUCGCAGAAGUCCAAGCCAUUCUCCAGGGCGUCAUCGAGCUGCAAAACCAGAAUGUCGAUCUGGUCGAAAUCCAAGGCACAGUGGAGGAAGUCACCAAAGACAAGUGCCGUCGAGCAGCCGAAGCCAUCAACGGACCAGUCUUGGUGGAAGAUACAUGUCUUUGCUUCAAGGCUAUGAACGAUCUCCCGGGACCGUACAUCAAAUGGUUCAUGCUCUCCCUUGGCCCGCUGCAGAUGCACAAGCUUCUCGAAGGUUUCGAAGACAAAUCUGCGCAAGCCGUCUGUACAUUUGGCUACAGCGCCGGCCCUGGCCACGAACCCAUCCUCUUCCAAGGCCGCACGGACGGCAAGCUCGUCCAAAGUAGGGGACCUACAGUAUUCGGCUGGGACUCAUGCUUCGAGUAUGAGGGACAGACGUAUGCUGAGAUGGACAAAAGCGAGAAGAACAAGAUCUCACACCGAGGAAAGGCGUUGGAUAAGUUGAAGGAAUGGUUGGGGAGCCAGGUUUGAGGCAUAGACGAUACCGCGCUUUUGCUUUCCUUUCGAUCCUUCAAAUGUCCAAAACCAAAUAUAUCCCAUGUCCUCAUGCUCAAGAAGGAAAGGAGCCAACUCACCACAUCUGUCAAUUCCGGAUAUGCCGUAAUCGCCCCUCUUCAGUUUAUAACCCUAUAGCCUUCC